AUUUUAUUUCUGAUACUGAUAAUAUUGAUAGUUGUGCUUCUAAGCUUAAUGAAGUUAUUGAUAUAGAUGAGGUAAAUGAAAUAGAUGAGAUAGUUCAGGAUGGUGAGAUUAAAAAUGCUGUUAAAAGAGGAAGUAGACAUGUUAGUAGGUCUUUGUAUAGUAGUUUGAAGUCUCAUAGUUCUGAUAUUGAUGUUGAUAAGAAAUAA